CCCUGGGGUGACUAUGGGAGGAAGACACAGGGCCAGAAAGGUUCCCCAAGCCCCAAAUCCCCAGUUCUCUCCUCUCAUUCCUACCUUCCAUCAUUUCUUUGACCUCCCUAGAUCCCCUAUAACCCUUCUCACUCAGACUUUAGCUACUCUCACCUCAACCCCCAACUAGAUCUCUCUUUGACUAAGGUCCCUUCCAGGGGAUCCAGCCAGCAGUCAGAAGAGACCUGGGGACCGGGGGGACCUGGCUGGAUAGGGAUGAGGGAACCAAGCCAUUCCCCAAGUCCCUGGUCCCCCCGUGGCAGCUCACUAAGCACUCUCACUCUUCUGCUGCUCUUCUGUGGACAUGCUCACUCUCAAUGCAAAAUCCUCCGCUGCAACGCUGAGUAUGUAUCAUCCACGUUGAACCUACGAAGUAGGGGAUCUUCUGGAGGGAACCGGGGAGGUGGAGUUCGGGGCCCAGGGGCGAACUCUGGUGGCCUAUGUCGCGCCCUGCGCUCCUACGCACUCUGCACGCGGCGUACUGCGCGUACCUGCCGAGGGGACUUGGCCUUCCAUUCCGCUGUCCACGGGAUAGAAGAUUUGAUGAUCCAACACAACUGCUCCCGCCAGGGUCCCACGGCCCCACCCCCUCCGCAGGGUCCCGCCCCUCCUGGGGCAGGCCCCGCCCUUUCUUCAGGCCCCCCGGCUCCGGACCCCUGUGACUAUGAAGGCCGGUUUUCUAGGCUACAUGGUCGUCCCCCGGGCUUCCUGCAUUGUGCCGCCUUCGGGGAUCCACACGUACGCAGCUUCCACCACCACUUCCACACGUGCCGUGUCCAAGGCUCCUGGCCCCUUUUGGACAACGACUUCCUUUUCGUCCAGGCUACUAGCUACCCGGUGGCAACUGGAGCCAACGCCACUGCCACGGGGAAGCUCACCAUUAUAUUCAAGAACAUGCAGGAAUGUAUUGACCAAAAAGUGUACCAGGCCGAAGUGAACAAUCUCCCAGCAGCUUUUGAAGAUGGAUCAGUCAAUGGAGGUGACCGUCCUGGAGGUUCAAGUCUGACCAUCCGAGCAGCGGCCCCUGGGAGCCACGUGGAGAUUCGAGCUGCCUACAUUGGCACAACCAUCAUUAUUCGGCAAGCAGCUGGUCAGCUCUCUUUCUCAAUCCGGGCAGCUGAAGAAGUAGCAAGGGCAUUCUCAGCUGAGCAGGAUCUACAGCUCUGUGUAGGGGGAUGUCCCCCAAGCCAGCGACUCUCCCGGUUGGAGCGACAACGAAGAGGAGCUCUGACCUUUGAUACUGCUAGGCAGUUGUGCAAAGAAGGUCUACCAGUUGAAGAUGCUUAUUUCCAUUCAUGUGUCUUUGAUGUUCUGACCUCUGGUGACCCCAACUUCACUCUGGCUGCUCAAGCUGCCCUAGAGGAUGCUCGGGCCUUUUUGCCAGACCUGGAGAAGUUGCAUCUCUUUCCUCGUGAUGCUGGAGUUCCCCUCAGGCUUACAGCUCACCCGACCCUCGUACUUACUGGAAUCCUUGUUUUCUGGUGUUUCAUCUGAUGAACACUCCCACAACCACUUUAGUAACGUAACUAAUGUAAUGCUUUGAGGGCCUUCCUUUGACCCACCUAAGGGAAACAUUUGGUAGGAAUAACAUGGAGAGGGGGCAGAGUAUUUGAGGAAAGGUAAAAGGGGACAGUCUCAAAAUGGCCUGAUGAUAUUUCCCUACAUAUACAAAAAUGGGCUAAAAUCAAGGGUUAGAGUGACCACAGGAUAGAGAAAUGGGGAUGAGGAUGAGAGCAGGACUAGAGCCUUUGUGGUCUAUACCUCUCUCAGGAAGCCCUUAAUGAGCUUCCCAGUCUUUAUGAUGAACAGAUUCUCCUACCACUGUUUCCUCUGGAGUGAUCUAGAGUCAUGGAAGGUAUGAGGUCCUGAUUUCUGAGUAGAAAUAAUUCAAGAGGUAUACGUGUUCAUUACCUAAAAAAAAAAAAAAGGCAAUUUGGUACUUGGGUAUAUACAUGAUUUCACUGGUAUAGGCACUCCCUCUAUCAGUGCAGAUCAAAACCCCUUCAGGCUUUUGCAUCCAGUUCAUCACUACAUUUGCCCAUAAGCCCACCAGAUUAGAUCUAUCCAACACACUGGCCUCCCUCUUGUCCUUUUAGUAUCACAGGGAUGCUAAUUAAAAUUGUCAGUCCUUCAUUUUCAAUAUAUGACUUGACACCUUUCCUGGUAAUAUAUCUCUUUGAUUUUUUUUAACAUAACUUCUCCAGUGAAAGUCUCUUUUUUAAGCAAUAUUCUGCAGCAUAGAGAUUCGGAGUAAAAAAAGCAAACAAACCCUGGGUUCAGGACCUGGCUUUGCCUCUUCCUAGCUCUGUGACCCUUCUAUGUAAGCUGCAAGUUCUUUAAGCAACAGUUUCCUUUUCUAUAAAAUAGUAAUAAUAAUGCUUACCACUUAGUAAACUGUGAAAUGGUAUUCAAAUGUGAGCUAUUGUUACUUAGACCCACCAUAUGGCUUUUCAUUACCCUUCUGGUUAUUCCUAAAUUUAAUUCUUCUGCGAUCAUGAUCUUCCAUGAUUAGAAGCCAUAUUAGCAUCUCAAGAUGAAUGAAUACUGUUGUUUUAAAGGAUAGACUUUUUCAAUACAGAGCACUUUGGACUCACUGAAAUCACUGCACAACCCACAAAAUGGAAAAAAUAGAUCCCAUGCUUUUCAUUUACUGUUUUCCUUUUCAGUACAAAUAUCAUCUGUCAGGAAAAGGGCUAUAAGCAUCUGAGUUCAGGAAUGAUUUUCCUUUUUGUCUUUGUGUCCUCAGUGCCCAGCCUAAAUUAAGAGUUUAAUAAAUGUUUAUUGAAUUGAAUGGAGGAAACUACAUUGCUUUCUUCUUUUUGAACUGUCAGAGUGGAAUUUCUAUGCCUAUGCCUUAGGCUUGGAGAAUUUCACUGCCUUUGGGAAGGGGUACAUGGUAGACAGAAACUCAUCACCUCCCCCCAUAUAGUCUUCAAUUAAAAUUUUUAAUUCCA